AUGGUCUUUGAUGAAAGGAAACCAUCGGGAGUAAAAGAGAAAAAUGAAGCAUUACUUUCUUCAUUACGAUGGGUACUACGUGUACACUUCGCAGAGGAUCGGAAACUUCUCACCUCAGGUCGGAACUGUUCAACAAAACUCCGAGUAUCGAAAGCAUUUAUAGAUAUUGUAGGUGAUCUCUUCAAGGUGGGCGGGAGGCUUCGCGAGUCAGAUUUACCGUUCGAAAAUCGACAUCCUAUCCUAAGAACUCCCGGUUGA